CAUGUGAUAAUCUUAUUGUGGUGGCUGGAUGAAAUUUAUAGUAAUAAUCUAAAUUGAACGGACUUAAAAGUUGACUGAUGUGGUUGUACUAAAUUAAAAUUUAGGAUGAAAUUGAAAAUUUUGAAGUAGUUCAGAAAUUUUUCGCGGGAUUAUUCGGCGCGGGCCUUGGAUCCCUCGGCUUACUGUAAGAUGCACGCGAUUAGAUCGACGGACAAAGCUGAGAACGGGCUCGUCGGACCCGAUCUUGAUAUAUAUUAAAAAAAUUAGGCCGGAGGGCAAAUUCCGAGCUCCACAGCCUCCGUCCGUCCGUCUCAAACCAGCUCUCUUCCUCCCUCUUCCUCUCAAGGCCUCAAACGCUAACCUCCGACGAGCCCCAUCCCGAGCCCGUCCCAAGCCUUCCAGCCGCCACGGCCCUCGUCAGAGCCCUUCGGCUUUUUCGAUAGUUCGCUGUCGCCUCCCGCUCCCACGUCCCGACUCCGACCGGUUUGGCGACAAACUAAGCCUGCAUGUCUAAUUUUGUAGAUGAAGGUAUUUGCAAGGAAGAACUUCGGAAAUAUGGAACCAGAAAUUGACGUGGAAGUUAUAGAUAGAGGUCUUACCUGUAUUGGUUAUGUGGUUACUCGGUUCAUCCAAUAUCAUCCUUUGCACCAUUAGCCAUCCAAUUCUAAAUGAUGUAAAUGCCUUCUCUUUCUUAAACCUUUCCCAAAAUCCAAGGAAAAGUGAAUAGAAAGAAAAGAGCAUGAGGAGGUGGAUGCACUUUGCCACCCACCGUGCUAUUGCCACUGCUCGCUCCGGCGACAAACCCAACCUCCUUCGUCGGCAGAACCAGGCCCUCUCCAAGCUCAUCCAGAGCGGCCGCCUCCAUGAGGCGAGGCGGGUCUUCGAUGCCCUCCCCCACCGCAAUGUCAUCACCUGGAACUCCAUGCUUACUGGCUAUGUCCGCCACUGCGAGCUUGCUCUUGCCCGGAGGCUCUUCAAUGAAAUGCCGCAGAGAGAUGUCGUAUCCUAUAACUCCAUGCUCUCUGGCUAUGCCCUCUCCAGGGAUGGUGGGGAGCUCAAGGAGGGACGCCACCUGUUUGAUCAGAUGCCACUAAAGGAUACUGUGUCAUGGAACACCAUGAUCAGUGGGUAUGCGAGGAAUGGGAGGAUGGGCGAGGCGAUGCACCUCUUUGAUACAAUGCCAGAGAAGAAUGUCAUCUCCUGGAACACCAUGAUCACUGGCUUUCUUGGAGUUGGUGAUGUUAGAAGGGCAACUGAGUUGUUUGAGAGUAUGCCAGUUCGGGAUGCAGCAUCCUUGAAUGCUCUAGUAUCAGGUCUCAUUCGGAAUGGCAGACUGGAAAUGGCUGAAGAAAUUCUCAUUCAGAGUGGGACAAUUAACAAGAUCGAAGGGGCUGUUGAUGCUUAUAACACUAUGAUUGCAGGCUAUGGCCAAAGAGGAAAGGUUGAGGAAGCUCGAAGACUAUUCGAUUUGAUUCCUUACCAACCUUAUCAAGAAAGAAAAGGAGGUGAGGAAAUAAAGAAAACACGUCACUGCUUCAAAUGUUUCGAGAGGAAUGCCGUGUCAUGGAAUUCUAUGAUCAUGUGUUAUGUGAAAGCUGGGGAUCUUUGCUCGGCAAGAGCUCUCUUUGAUGAGAUGCCUGAAAGAGACUUGUUCUCAUGGAACACAAUGAUCACAGGGUACGUGCAAGCACAGGAGAUGAAUGAGGCACAAUCACUCUUCCAAGAAUUUCCAGAUCCAGAUGUUAGGUCAUGGAACUUGAUGAUAUGUGGGUUUACUCAGAAAGGUGAGGUGGAACAAGCACGAGAAUUUUUCGAUAGGAUGCCUCAAAAGAGCACCGUCUCUUGGAAUACAAUGAUAGCUGGAUAUGAGCAAAAUGGAGACUAUGAAGGAGCCAUCGAGUUGUUCUCGAAGAUGCAAGUGGUUAGAGAGAAACCGGACCGGCAUACCUUGUCUUCGGUGCUUAGUGCUUGUGCUGGGCUUGCCAUACUGCAUUUAGGAACUCAAAUCCACCAGCUUGUUACUAAGACAAUAGUAGCAGACAUUCCAAUAAAUAAUGCGCUCAUUACAAUGUAUGCACGGUGUGGGAACUUGAUGGAUGCAAUGGCUAUUUUUGAUGGAAGGGAUAUGCAGCGAGAUGUUGUCUCAUGGAAUGCAAUGAUUGGAGGCUAUGCAAAGCAUGGGUUUGCAAGUGAGGCUCUUGAGCUCUUUGAAGAUAUGAAGAGGAGGAAGAUGAGGCCAACCCACAUAACAUUUACAUCUGUGUUGAAUGCUUGUGGCCAUGCAGGAUUAGUGGAUGAGGGAAGGAGGGAAUUUGAUUCCAUGGUUCAUGAGUUCAAUAUUGUGCCAAGAGUCGAACAUUAUGCUUCACUUGUUGACCUCAUUGGCCGACAUGGGCAGCUUGAAGAUGCAAUGGAAGUGAUCAAUAGCAUGACUGUCCCACCAGAUAAGGCAGUGUGGGGAGCCUUGCUUGGUGCUUGUAGGGUUCACAAUAAUGUGGAAUUGGCUCGGGUAGCUGCAAAGGCCUUGGUGGAGAUUGAACCAGAGAGCUCUGCUCCAUAUGUACUCCUAUACAACAUGCAUGCAGAUGAGGGGAGGUGGGAUGAUGCUAUUAAACUAAGGGAAAUGAUGGAUAAACAUAGGGUUUUAAAACAGCCUGGUUAUAGUUGGAUAGAGAUGCAUGACAGUGUUCACAUGUUUAUUUCCGGAGAUAGGUCUCAUCCUCUUUCAAAUCAGAUAUAUUCAUUAUUAGAGAGUAGCAAUAGGGUCAUCAGAGACUUGCAGCUUGAUUGAGUUGCAUAGCAAUGUGCCAAGAUAUAAUUAUAAAUGAUUGAUUGAGUUUGUAAAAGAAUUUGUAUCCGUAUAGUCUAACCAUUUUGAUGUUCAAUGUUGUCAUUGCUAUAAAAGCAUUUGAUGCCAUGAAUAUCAAGGAGUUUCCACAGAAAUACUACCCGAAAAGGUGGUGUAAGGAUGCUAAAUCUAGCACAGGAAGAUCCGAUCAAGGACCAAGUCUAAUAGAUCCUAAAGUAUGUGUAACAAAUUCUUGUUCUUCGGCAAUUAGCACAUAAGUUACAUUCUUACAAGGGCUUCACAAAGUAAUAAGGGAUAUGAAUAUGCCCAAGAAUUAGCAGAAGGUCUCACUGGAGAAGGUGGAGGCAUCUGUGCAGAAAGGAGUUGAAGAGGGGUCUUCUGCAAAUUCCCUCAAUUGAAAUUAGUGGAAGUGGGAGCUAAUGCAAUCUCUCUUUCGAUGCCUUCUUGGUGAGGCCUUCUUCCAUACAUCCAUUUCUUUCUUUCAGUCAUACUGUUGAGAUUCCAAAUGUUUUCCUUCUUUUUCUUGUUAUAUUGGAUUGGCGAUUCCCUAUUUUUUCAAAAUUUUUGAUUAAAACCUUUAUAUUUUCUAGGAAUAUGCAUGUAACACGAAGGUUAUGACUGAAUAGUCAAAAUUUCCAUGUUUUUCUGA